GUGCGGGGGUUGUUACAUCACGUAGCCGGCUCCUGACUUCCUCCACACGGUACGUGCGACCUAGGUUUGAAAGAUUCACAAAACGUCUCCGGAUAGUUUCACUACAGGCGAUUCAAACAGCCCCAGACACACCUCAAACAGACAAGAUGUCUACUUAUGAUGAGAGUGAGUCCAAGUUCCUGCGAAAAGCAAAGGAGAAUCCAUUUGUCCCAGUGGGAAUGGCUGGAUUCUUUGCCAUCGUUGGAUACAGACUGCUGAAGAUGAAAAGUCGGGGAGAUACAAAAAUGUCGGUUCACCUGAUCCACAUGCGUGUAGCUGCCCAAGGCUUUGUGGUUGGAGCCAUGACUGUCGGGGUCCUAUAUUCAAUGUACAAAGACUACAUUGUAAAACCCAGAGAGGAACAGAAAGCAAUGCAACAGAAGUGAACAUGGACUCUUACACUGAUGUUUUAUGUCCCUUAAUAUUACCUCAUAUUAAGGUGUGUAGAACGUUUAUUUUUAGAGAUGUGUCAUCAUUUUUGUAUGCACGCAUCACUUCUGCACCUCACCUCCACUGUAAAUAGUCGUAAGUUAUUGAUCAUGCUUCCUGUCCUCUAAAUAGUAUACCUGAGAGUCAGGCUGUCACUUCUGGAUUGAGAAGGAGAUGUAUUGAUCUCAGCUGUCUUAACACUGGUGUGUUUGCAGUUUUAAAUCCAGCUGGUUUGAUAUCUGUGUGAACAUUACUGACAGAGUUUUGAAUGAUGUGUGAGUGAAUUAUCAAAAACUAGAAGAUUUAGCAAAUCAGUUAAAAACAGUAUGACUAGGCUAAGCCUAGAUUUUAAAAAUAACCACCAAUGGCAGGUACCCUGUCCUUUUUGUUGUUGUUGUUGUUGUUGUUUUAUUGUCUCAUACAGUUGUAUUCUUUCAUGUACAAAUGUACACUUGCCAAAUUGAAAAUGCUUGCACCUUAGCCCAGUUUUUUGUAAAAUGGGCAUCCCAGUGCAUUAGGGCAUGUUAUGGAAGGCUUUGACACCUGGUCUACAGACAAGGCCCGUGCUUUCAAAAUAUUUACCAACAAGGAGACAAAUGGUUUUGACUCAACACAGUAUCAGAUUAUCCUAAAAAAGAAAUGUAUAAAUCAUUCACACGUAAAUCAGAAAAGGCACAAAAACCAUAAAAGUCUCUUCGCUCAGCGGCCCCAUACGGAUUGAUUUAAAGGGUUUUUUCCCCCCAUAUUUUUAGCGUUCGGUUAUAAAACACAGGUGUCCAAUAUUUCACUUUAGCAGCUUCAUGAGACACACGAGCUAAAUUAGCUGAGGUACACCUACAGACUUUGCAGUAACUUGUAAAAUAUAUUCGUAUAGCCAAUUUGGUGAUAUGCAUAAAUAGAUGCCUUUUAAGUUAUUCACAAAGUUGUGUUUGAUGUUGUGUACAAAUACAAUGUACAAAUACAAAAAGUUAUUUUUUUGGUAAUCUGCAAAUAAAAAUGACCAGUCUUGUUAUGUUA